AUGGAGAAUAAGGAAAAUAAAGGAAAGUUAUUAAGCUGUAUGAUAAAAGGUCCUGGCCCAGUAUAUAAAUUGCGAACUGUAGUUGGAUAUGAAGGUCAUUGUUUAUCUCGACAUAGAAAUCCUGCAUAUACUAUGCGAUGUCGUGCCAAACUAACUAUGCCACGUGGUGGUCCUGGCCCACAAUAUAAUGUUUCAAAACUAACAAAUUAUGGAGAGGAUAAAUCACCUGCAUUUACAAUAAGUGGUCGAGAAGUAUAUAGAAUUAGAGAUUCAGGACCAGGACCAGGUGCUCAUUACCCAGAAUUAUGUUUGCCAAUGAAUCAUAGUCUUAGACCUCCAGCUUAUAGCCUUAAAUCUAGAGGUCAAACAAAAAUUGGCGAUAGUGGUCCUGGCCCAAAUGCAUACAGUUUGCCAACAUGUAUAGGGCCUAAAAUUCCGGACAAAACAGCACAAGGUGCUUUUACCAUUGGUGGUUAUCAUAAACUCAGACAUGACCAUAUUGGUCCUGGUCCAGCGCAUUAUGGAGAUAUAAAAAUUGAUGUUUCAAAACGUCGGUUUCCAGCAUUUAGUUUGAAAUGGAGGAAUCCAUUAACACAAAUAGAUUUUAGUCCAGGACCGCGUUAUUACCCUCAAUUUAAUACUGGAAAAAAAUCAGCUAUGUAUUCCUUUGGCAUUAGACAUAGUGAAUGCGCAGGAGUACCUAUCACAGAUUUAGAUGAAGAAUAA